AUGGGAGGCGCCAGGAGAUCGAUGGCCGAGGAAAUGGUCGUGUGGGCGGCGGAGGACGAACACUGGACGGAGUGGAGAUGCCGGAAGCACACAUCCUCCUCCCAGCCCCGUGAUGGCAUUUGCCCUGGCUGCCUCCGCGACCGCCUCCUCCGCCUCUGUCCCGACUGCGCCAACGAACGCCCCUGCAGCUGCUUCCGCCCCUCCUCCUCCUCCUCUUCCUCCUGCUCCUCCGUUUCCUCCAUCUCGCUCGCCGAUCUCGCGGGAUCCGCCGGAGGCGGCGCCGGGAUCGGGGCAGUGGGACUCGUGUCGAGGUUGAUCGACAGCGAGCCGGCGUUCCGGCGGUCCAGAUCCGUCGGCUUCCAGCUCCUACGAACGAGAUCGGUCGCCAGACACGUCGACGGCGGGGAAGCUCCACGGCGGCCGAAUCGAGGGAGGAGGUGGGCGUUGUUCUGGCCCUUCCCGAGGGCGGCGGUAGGGAAGGAGUCAGCGGCGGAGCUAUCGAGGUCAAGGUCGGUGGGGGCGGCGGGAUUGGCAGGACCCCGCGGCGGGGAGGACAGGGGAAAAGCAUGGGGGUGGCAUUUCCCGAGCCCAAUGAACGCUUUCCGGCACCGGCGGUCGACGAAGCUCGUACAUGAGAGGUCGCCGUUGUACUUAUUCCGCGGGUGA